AUGUCUCCGGAUGAAGUCAUCGUCGUUGGGGCUGGGCCGUCAGGGCUGCUUCUCGCGCUCCUACUCGGCCAACAAGGCGUCAAUGUAGAGAUCGUCGAGGCCUCUGAUCAAUUGGACGAGCAGCCUCGAGCGACGCACUACGGCUCUCCAGCCACCCAUCUCCUCAAGCGUGCCGGCGUACUAGACGAGAUACGCGCAGAUGGCGUGCUGAUGAGGCGGGUCGCCUGGCGGAAGCCAGAUGGGACCCUCCUCGGCGCCCUGGACCUCUCGGCUGUCCCGGACGAGAGGUGGGAACGGACGGUUGCUCUGCCUCUGAACAAAGUGAGCAGGAUUGUUCUUCGCCAUCUGCAGCCCUUGAAGUCUGUCGAGAUCAAGUGGUCCCAUAACGUCGUUGACGUGGGACAGGAUGAGACGGAGGCGUGGGUCGAUGUCGAGACGCCGUCGGGGAAACAGCGUCUGAAGGCUGACUACAUUGUGGGAUGUGAUGGCGCUAACAGCAAAAUCCGGCGCGUUCUUCAGGGCGAUAAGAAUUUCCCCGGAAAGACAUGGGAUCAACAGAUCGUCGCCACAAAUGUGUACUACGACUUCGACCAGUUCGGAUGGGACGACUCCAAUUUCAUCAUCCACCCAGAGCACUGGUUCAUGGCCGCGAGAAUCAGCAAGGACGGCAUGUGGCGGGUAUCUUACGGCGAAGUCUCCGGCCUCUCUCGUGAGGAAUACCUCGAGCGCCAACCCAUGAAAUUCGAAACAAUGCUGCCCGGAAAUCCGAAACCCGACGCAUACAAACUUACAAACAUCAGCCCCUACAAGAUCCACCAGAGAUGCGCCGAGAAGAUGCGCGUCGGACGGUUCCUGCUCGCAGCCGAUGCCGCACAUCUAUGCAAUCCUUUUGGUGGCCUCGGCCUGACAGGCGGUCUGGCCGACGUCGACGGCUUGUAUGAUUGCUUGAUCGGCAUACAUCAAGGCAAGACCAGCGACUCGAUUUUGGACAGAUAUGAUCAAGUGCGGCGCGACAUGUGGCACAAGUUCAUCGAUGUCGUCUCGAGUGAGAACCUCUGUCGGCUCAACAGCCAAGAUCCGGAGACGGCGCUCGAACAGGACAAGCUGCUUCAGAUGCUCGCGAAGGCGGCUGAUGAUAAAGAUCUCGCGCGGCAGAUGCAAUUGGUCAGUCUUUUGUGA